AUGGCACAGGAAGUACCACACAAGCCUCAUGCAAUACUCAUCCCCUACCCUCUACAAGGCCAUAUAAUACCAGCAGUCCAUUUAGCCAUUAACCUAGCAUCAAGAGGCUUCACCAUCACCUUCAUUAACACCCACUAUAUCCACCAUCGAAUCUUCAAGGCCAGACCCAGCAUUCGACCUGACAUCUUUCUGGGGAUCCGUCAAUUGGGUCUGGACGUCCGCUACACCACCGUGUCUGAUGGCCUUCCCCUGGGACUUGACCGGUCGCUGAACCAUGAUCAGUACAUGGCUGCCUUGCUGCAUGUGUUCUCAGCACACGUAGAGGACGUUGUGUCCCAGAUUGUCAAGUCAGCAGGGGAGAAAGUUGAUUGUUUGAUUGCUGAUACCUUCUUUGUAUGGCCAUCUAAGGUUGCAAAGAAAUUUGGGUUGCUUUAUAUUUCCUUCUGGACUGAAGCUGCUUUAGUUUUUACACUCUAUUACCAUAUGGACCUUUUGAGAAUUCAUGGCCAUUUUGCUUCUCAAGAUUGCCGGGAGGACCCAAUAAAUUAUGUGCCAGGGGUUGAAGAAAUCAAACGACAGGACAUGAUGUCAUAUCUUCAAGAAACCAAUACAUCUUCAAUGAGUCACCAAAUAAUUUUCAAAGCGUUUGAUGACGUUAAAGCUGCAGAUUUCGUUCUAUGCAACACAGUUGAAGAGCUUGAACCAAAGAUCAUAGCAGCUCUUCAGGCCAAGAAACUUUUCUAUGCCAUUGGACCCAUUUUCCCAUCUGGGUUCACCCAAAGCUCUGUGCCCACGAGCCUCUGGCCCGAGUCCGACUGCACCCACUGGCUCAACACCAAGCCUCCUCGUUCAGUCUUGUACGUAUCUUUUGGUAGCUAUGCCCACGUCACAAACAGAGACCUUAUGGAAAUAGCUAGUGGACUUCUGCUUAGCAAGGUGGAUUUUGUUUGGGUGCUACGACCUGAUAUUGUAAGUUCUGAUUAUGCCAACCCACUUCCCGUCGGAUUUGGUGAGGAAGCUGGUGACCGUUUGAUGAUCGUACCUUGGUGCAGUCAGAUCAAAGUCUUAUCUCAUCCGGCAAUCGGAGGGUUUUUGAGCCAUUGUGGAUGGAAUUCAGUGUUGGAAAGCAUAUGGAAUGAAGUGCCGUUAUUGUGUUUUCCUUUGUUGACAGAUCAAUUCACUAAUCGAAAACUAGUAGUUGAUGAUUGGAAAAUGGGGAUCAACUUAUGUGAUAAAGAUUCGAUCGUAAGGGAAGAGGUUUCGAGCAAUAUUAACCGUGUGAUGAUUGGAAAAUCAAGAGAUGAAUUGAGGAAUAGAGUGAAGGAGGUGAAGAGGAGAUUGGAAGAUGCCUUAACACCUGAAGGAUCAUCAGAGAAUAAUAUGAACAAGUUCGUAGAGGAUCUGAUGGUCAAGAUCAAAUAUCAAAAGGUUUUAUUGACUUAG